UAAUUCUUCGGCAACAAUGAGGGCCCAGGGUUACACGACUUUGAUUCUGCUGUUUUUGUGUACAAUUUUAAAGCUACGUAUUGUUCAGUCAGGUUGUCCUAAGCCUCAUAAAAUACAUCCCUGUAGUUGUCUCAAAAGCAAGUCCAUACUCGAAUGUGAAGAUAUCACCCAUGAAGAUACUUUAUCGACUGUCAUGCAAGUGUCCAAAAAGCAUAAAGUUGUUGGCGUGGAGCUGAAUGCUGUGGUAUUCCGGUACAUACAUCAUGAUGCAUUUGAUGGAACUAAUAUACAGUCUUUAGUGAUCACCAACUCCAGCAUCAUAUCUUUGAGCGACACAGAUUAUGCUUUCAAAGGCCUGGAGGAAAGUCUGAAAGUACUCAAAAUCAAGAACUGCUCAUAUGUCAACAGCUGGGACUGGACGCAACUUAGAAACCUUCUCAAACUCGAAGAAUUAGAGAUUUCGAAUUCUGAGCUUCUGGAGCUGACAGAAGAGUUUCUAAAGAUUUCCAAUCAACCACUGGUAGAACUCGAUUUUCGAGAGAAUCAUAUUCAGUGGUUACCUAACAACGCAUUUGCAAGUUUCAAAAAGUUAGAACGUUUGAAAAUAGGCAAAAAUGAUAUAUCAGUUCUAAAGCGAUCGAUGUUUCCAAAACCUGCCAAGAAGCUUCAGACUCUUGGACUCAGUUAUAAUCACAUCAAAGAAUUACCCGAAGACAUAUUUAGCGACAUGCCAGCUCUCAAGUUCUUAUACCUGGAAUCCAAUCCAAUCCGUGUACUGGAUGAAAGGGUUUUCAAACCCAUUUGGAAGCAAAUAAAAAUGUUCAUUAUGUAUCAGAAUCUUCUCAUAUGUGAUUGCCGAUUAAUGUGGUUGACGGAAAUGAAUCAUAAGCUAAAAUUUAUUCACGGCACAUGCAGCGCUCCACCUCGGCUAAAAGGCAGAAAUAUAUUGUCUUUGGAACCUGAUGAAUUAUGGUGUUAAAGUUGUUUAAUUAUUCCAGCUUUAUCGAGAUCGGAAAGUUAAAAAUCCAAUGAAAUAAAUAAUUUUAUUUUUCAAA